AUGGAUAGCACUUUGAAACUAACAUUUUGUUCUUCCACUUUUUUGUCAUUACUUUUGGGUAUUUUUGCUUUAGAUUAUGAAGUACACAUUAAACCAAAUGGCAACAGCAUUGUCAGCACUAAUUCUCUUGCGAAUCCUUCAAGUUUCACUGAAUCUUAUUCAGUGUUAAGAUCAAAUAUAAUACCUCCAAUUUGUGAUGAUCAUAGCACUGAGUAUGAACACUUCACUUCCACUCAGCAAAAUGAUUUGGCUAAUUUUGCAUCAAUUACCGAAUCUCAUUCCCAUAUUCCAGUAACCAACAACAAUUAUAACAAUAUGAAUUUGAUGAGCAUCAAUUCCAUGAAUAAUAUCAAUGCUAUGAAUAAUAUCAAUGCUAUGAAUAAUAUCAAUGCCAUGAAUAAUAUCAAUAAUAUCAAUAAUAUGAACUCCCUUUCUAGUAGCAAAAAAGAGAAACGAAGGAACGCAAUUUUAAACCGUUUAAAUAAAUUGAAUGAAGAUUUAAAUUUAAAUAAAGAGGUCAUUUAUCAUCGAAAUUAUCAGAUUUUGCAAAACGAUAUUUCUGAUUUGCAUAAUAAUACCAAUCCAACUUUGAUUUCAAAUUACAAAAAUCUAAAAGAAAUUCGAGAUUAUGAACUAAUCAGAUUGAAAUUAUUUGAAAAUUAUCAGAUUGAAAAAAUCUUUAAAAAUUUUAAAACUGAAAUUAACCAAAUUAAUAAUGAUUAUAACAAGUACAUUUUAAUUUUAAAAGAAAAAUUAUACGAAAAAUUAACCAAUGAUAUAAGUAACUUGAAAAAUGAAAAGAUUUAUAAAGAUUUUUCAAAUAAAUCUCACUAUUCAAGUAAUCUUAAUCUUGAUAACGACUUGAUUGCUUUCAAAAAUUCCAAUCAUUACAGAACAAAAUAUAGAGUAAAUAAAAAAGCCGACAAAUCUGACUCAAAAAAUCGUGGCAAUAAAUCUUCAAAUGAGGAAGAUAAAGACGAUAUUGACAAUUUCAACAGCUUUAAUAUAUCAAAUAUUGAAAAAGACCACUACUACCCUAUGAUAAGAAGAUCCACUCGUCGUACAAGAAAUAGCAAUAAUAAUGGCCACAGUCAUAUGAACAAUAUCAAUUCAAGCAACAUCAACUCUAAUAACCAGCACAAUGAUAACAGUUACAAUUUCGGCUAUAAUAACAAUUAUAAUUCUCCAUUUCAUAACGGAUAUGACAGUACUACGAAUGAAGAUUCUAAUCUCAGUGGUAAUGAAAGUGGGCAUAAUACAACAUCUAGAAAAAGAAGGAGACUUUUUUUUGGAAAUGGAAACAAUAGUUCAAAAGAUAAUAACCUUGAUGGAAGCAGUAAUGGAUAUUUUAAUAGUGGAAACAACUCUUCAAGAGGAAGCAAUAAUAACAACAACAACAAUAACAAUAACAAUAACAACAUUAAUAGCAACAGUAACGGAAAAUUUUAUUCAAACCAGAUAUCCCCUGAUGACGAUUUAUUCAGUGAUACUGUCUUGUCAGAAAUAUUGUUUGGUAAAGAUUUUGCUAACCUGCUGAAUAAUAAUGGGAAUCCCAAUCAUAACAACAAUGGUAAUAAUAACAAUCAUAAUGCCAGCUCCAAUAGUAAAAAUAAUCAUGGAUCUAGUAAUAGCAAGAACUCUAAUAGCAAAAAAAGUGAAAUGAAAAAACCAAGCGAUGGAUUAACAUCUCUAACGCAAGAAGAGUUGAAUGAAGAUUUAAGUAUUCUUCGAUCUGCAAUGGCUUCAAAUGAUAAUAACAACGCUAAUAAUACUGUGAACAACAGCAAUAAUCUUGCUAAUGGAAACACGUCUAGUUUUUCCAACCUCUCUAAUUUUUCAAAUAUCCCUAACAUUUCCAACAUGGUGGGGUUUUAUAAUAAUAGCAGUGGCAAUCAAACCAACAAUUACAAUCUUAGUAAUAAUUCCAGAUAG